AUGCAACUCAUCAAUAUGCUAGCCGCCGCGGUGCCUAAUUGGCGCCACGGCGACCUGGAGCGCUUCAAUGAGGUGCUCCAGGCCCUCGGGCCUCGGGACGGUUACGUCCCGUCCCCGGGGGGCCAGCUGAGGAUUAUCCAUUCUGGAAUAAUCCAGCUAACGAAGGAGAAUGCUUUGAUGUCCUUUGGGCCCCCAAAUGGGAAGAGGACGGUGGUGUCCCACUUCUUGGCGCGUUAUGGGUUGGCCACCCAUAACGCCGUAGACCGUAUGGUCUACGUCGCGGCUCAGCCGGGUAAUUUUUACCCGGCUGAGCACGUCCAGGUGUUCCCGGUGGAUGAAUAG